CGGCAAUUCCGACAUGGUCUUCUAAUCGUCCGUUAUCGCGACAAUUUUCUAGCUGUGACGACUUAUUUCUCUUCAUAAUUCCAAAAAGAAACUUCGUCGUCGCUUUCAAUUGUAGUGAUCGACACAGUCUUCUACACAUUCUGGGCUUACCAACCCUAGCCGCCGUUCUUUGUCUUUCGGCAAUCUUCACACAGCAAAGAUGGCACACCGCAUUGUAACACAAAUCGUCCUCGUAGGCAGCCGAGUACUCGGUCGUGCCUUUACCGAAGCCUACAAGCAAGCGCAAGCCUCAUCCAACUACGCGCGAGCACAAGCGAAGCUCAACCCGAAUGCGGCCUCCGCCCGAGCGAGUCUCUCAAGCGGCAUGACCCUAGAUGAAGCCUGCAAAAUCCUCAAUGUCAAGCCGCCGCAAGGAGGAAAGGCAAAUAUGGAGGAAGUCAUGGAACGGUUUAAGAAACUUUUCGAUCAGAACGAUCCGCAAAAAGGAGGCAGUUUCUACCUACAGAGCAAGAUAUUAAGAGCGAGGGAACGUAUAGAGGCCGAAGUCAGACCCGCUAUGGAGAAAGCUGCGCAGGAGGCUGAAAUAAAAGAAGGUUGGAAGCCAAAGAUGUAUAAAGACCGGUAGUGACUUUGGUCAUGGGGGGAAUAUUUAGGAAAAGCAUCUUCACUCGAAUGGCAUGGCCCGGCGUUACUUGGGGAGUUCAUUUUACGAAUCCAUAGUCCGAUUCGUUUCCUGGUCGGGAUUAGACGGAAAAAGACGUUUGUACCACCAUAUUUGUACACGCAAAAAUUUAUUAUAUAAUGGUCAUCAUUCGUCG